AUGACUUUUGCUGUGAAGCUGGCCGCUGGCCUGCCCGUCGCGACGAACGCCACCGCCCAACAUCAACCAUCUCAACCGCAGCCGCCGCCGCAGCAGCAGCAAUCGCAGCAGCUUCAGCCUCCACCUCCGCAGCCGCAGCCGCAGACCUCAUCACAGCAGUAUCAACAGCACCAGUACGCGUCGCAGCCGCAGCCGCAGCCGGUCCAAGUCCAAGUCCAAGUCCGCUCGCCGCAGUACCAGCAGCCGCAGCAUCACCAGCAGCAGCAGCUCGCCAUGAACGGCAUCAACGGCAACAUGGGCGGCGCGCCUCCCAUGCCCGCCGGCCCAACCCCCGCCGGCCACCAAGCCGAGCUCAACUACAUCUACGGCAUGGUCGAGGAGCUGAGCCGCCAGCUCGCAGACAACCGCCGGGUGACGGAAGACAUUGUCAACGGGCUGGGCAAAGUCCGCAGCAAGGCCAAGAACCAGAACCUGUCCAACGACGAGCUAAUAGCCUCUGCGGCAUCCGACCUCCAAGCCGACUCCCAAAACCUCGACACCAUCGUGUCCAUCCUCUCCGAGUCCCUCGAAAAGGCCAACUUGAGCCGCGACGCCAACGCGGUGCUGCUGACGCAGUACGCCAACAUGAUGUCCACCAUGCUCAAGCAGUUCCACGAAUACAAGGCCAAGCACGUGGCCGACGUGGCCGCCUGGCACCGCUCGUACCGGGUGCAGCUCGACGAGGCGCGGCAGGAGAACAGCCGCCUGCGCGAGCAGAUCUGGGAGAUGCAGACGCACGCGAGCCGCGCCAACGAAAACCUCCGCCUGUUCCGGAGCAAGUACGACGAGGACGCGGAGCGGUGGGAGAAGCGGGUCGAGGGCACGAGCGUGCGGCAGGAGCUGCGCUUCUGGAAGAGAAUGGCCAUGCCGGAGCUCGACGACGACGACUCGUACUGGAGCGGCGACGACGACGUCAUUGACGAGGCGGAGAAGGAGAGGCUCCGCGACCUGGAGCAGAGGGCCGCCCAGGAGCAGCUGAUGGAGGGCCAGGUGGACGACGAUGCUGCCGAGGGCCAGAUGCAGAGCGGGCACGCGCAGAUGGCCGCGCACGCGGGCGUCAUGGGCGGCAUCGCCAUGCAGAGGGAUGAGUCGGCGAGGGCGGUGCCGGUGCCACCCCCGAGGCCCUUGAGCGCCGCGUCGAGUACCGGGUCGACGGGGCAGUAG